AGUUAUAAGCAAGUGAAAUUAUCAAAGUUAAUUCGAAAACAAAGCACAAUAAAUACAAGAGUAAUAUCAAAGUAAAUUGUGAAAAAUAACGAUAUUGGUAUAACGAAAUAAAGUGAAUUUAUUAAAGUUACAUUCAAAUCAAAGCAGAGUCCGGGAUAAAGAUUAUUAAAAAAUAAUUAAUAAUUUUUUAAAUUAAGAACGACCAGCACUGCCACACUUUUGAGUGUCGAGGUCUGAACAACUAGUGCUGCCAUACUUUUCGUUUAAUGCAAACACCGUUGCCAGUGGAUAACAAAAAAACUAGCUUUUCGCAGCGUUUUUAUGCCGCGAAGAGCUGGCCACACUGGAUAGUUCCAGCCAAUAUUUUUGUUCCCCGAGACGGUCACUCUGGUUUGAAAUUUUGCUUUGAAAGGUUGUUCCGCGGACGCGUACAUUUUCGCCGACUUGGGGAAAAUAAUAUGAUCGUUAAAAAAUAAUACAAUAUAAUAAACAAAUUUUCGAAAAUCAUACGUGUUUCAGUGUGUGAUUAACCAGUUUAGUGAGCCUUCUGUCAGCCGAAACACAAGCAACAAGAAAAGUGCAUUCCGUCUGUGAGCCGACUCGUUUUCGCGUCCCGUGCAACGCUGCAGUUCGACUAAAUAUAUUAUAAGCAACAAGUGGUUAAUAAAUACCGAGCAAGCAAACUUAAUUUCGUUAAUUCCUUAAAAACUGACCAGCCAAAACAUAUUUUCCAAUCGCGAGUUGCACGUAUCACCGAGAGUCCCGGAAACAAGCUGCCUGCUAUGAACGCGAGCAUACAAUGCUGCUGAAGAAGAAGCGCUAUAUGUACGACGAGCGGGACGGCAACACUGACUCGCUCGUCGCUGCCGUCGAGCCAAGCAGCAACAACAACAAAAUGGCCGAUACACGCGAAGUGCGCAUUGAAGAGCAAUUAAAAGUGAAAAUUGGCGAGGCAAAGAAUCUGAGCAGUCGCAAUGCGGCCAACACAAGCUGCAGCACACAGGGCACUCGCGAUGUCUAUUGCACAAUUGCCCUCGACCAGGAGGAGAUCUGCCGCACAUCCACCAUCGAACGCACACUGUCGCCGUUCUUCGGCGAAGAGCACCAGUUCAAGAUCCCGCGUCGCUUCCGCUACCUGUCCAUCUACGUGUACGAUCGGGACAUGAAGCAGGACAAGCCCAUCGGCAAGAUAGCCAUCAAGCGGGAGAAUCUUCACAUGUACAACCACAAAGACCAUUGGUUUUCGCUGCGGCCCGUGGACUCCGAUUCCGAAGUUCAGGGCAUGAUCAAUGUGGACGUUUCGUUCGAGGAGGCACCACAGUCCCAGUCGCUCUCGGAAAGCAUCGAGAGCAUUGAACACAGGCCACACCACCAUGCACACCACCACCAGCCGAGGGCGCACCUGAACGAUUACAAGGAGAAUGGCGGCGAGUUCAGUAACGUCGAUUGGGCGUGGGCAGUGGCGGCGGCAAAGUCCCCGGAUCAGGUGCACAAAUGGAGGCCGCCCAAUGCGAGAAAUGUGGGAGUGACUAUCAAGGUGCCCGCCUGCGUGGAUCUGGCCAAGAAGCAGGGCACCUGCGAUCCCUUCGUCGUAUGCACAGCCCACUACAGCAACAAGCAGCAGGUGACGCGGCGGACCAAGCAGCGGAAGAAGACCGUCGAUCCGGAGUUCGACGAGGCCAUGUACUUUGAUCUCCACAUCGAUGCGGAAGCGGGCAGCACGAACACCACCGGCAGCAACAAGAGCGCCGCUUCCCUGGAGUCUUCCGCUAACAAGGGCUAUGCCAUCUAUCCACUGGGCGGAGCGGAUCUGGUGGAGAUUGUGGUGAGCAUUUGGCACGACGCGCAUGGCGCCAUGGCCGAUAAGGUGUUCCUCGGCGAGGUGCGACUGCCCAUGCUAAACAAGCAGGAACAGCAGGCGGUACCGCCAUCGGCUUGGUAUUACCUGCAGCCACGAUCCAUGGCGCACAGCUGUCGUUCGCUGAACGCCACGCCCCGCUCCUGCGCCACGCCACCCGGAACGAGAUUAAGUGUGGAUUCCACCAUCGGAUCACUGCGCCUGAACUUGAAUUACACCGCCGAUCAUGUCUUCCCGCUGGCCACGUACGAUGACCUUUUGAAUCUGCUCCUGGAGUCCGUCGAUCAGCGGCCCAUAACCGUGUCGGCUGUAUCCAUCCUGGGGGAGCUGGUCUCGGGAAAAACGGAAGUGGCCCAGCCACUGGUGCGCCUCUUCACGCAUACGGAGCGCAUUGCGCCUAUCAUUAAGGCUUUGGCGGACCACGAGAUCUCUCACUUGACCGAUCCCACCACCAUCUUCCGCGGCAACACACUGGUGUCCAAGAUGAUGGACGAAGCAAUGCGGCUAUCCGGUCUCCACUACCUUCACCAGACGCUGCGCCCCGUCCUGGCCCAGAUUGUGUCCGAAAAGAAGCCCUGCGAGAUUGAUCCAAGCAAAUGCAAGGAUCGCUCGGCAGUAGACACGAAUCUGCAGAACCUUAAGGAGUAUGUGGAGCGAGUGUUUGAGGCAAUCACCAAGAGUGCCGACCGCUGUCCGAAGGUGCUCUGCCAGAUCUUUCACGACCUGCGCGAGUGUGCGGGAAAGCAUUUCCCCAGCAAUCGCGAGGUGCGCUACUCCGUGGUGUCCGGCUUCAUCUUCCUGCGCUUCUUUGCACCGGCCAUCCUGGGGCCGAAGCUCUUCGAUCUAACCACCGAACGACUGGAUGCCCAGACAAGUCGCACGCUGACCUUGAUCUCCAAGACGAUCCAAUCGUUGGGUAACUUGGUCAGCUCGCGCUCAUCGCAGCAGCCAUGCAAGGAGGAGUUCACCGCCGAGCUGUAUAAGAAAUUCUGUACAGAGCAGCAUGUGGGGGCCGUCAAGCAUUUCCUGGAGGUGAUCUCGACGCCCAGUCCGGCGGCCACCAGCAGCGUUCACCCGGCGGCGGCAGCAACGCCAUUGGAACCAGUAUUACUUAAGGAGGGCGAGGGCAUGAUGACCAAGUAUCCAACGUCCCGGAAGCGCUUCGGCCGUCAGUUCAAGCAGCGCUACUUCCGCCUAACCACCCACUCGCUCAGCUACGCCAAAUCGAAGGGCAAACAACCUAUCUGUGAUAUACCGCUCCAGGAGAUCGCCAGCGUGGAGCAGCUGAAAGAGAAGAGCUUCAAGAUGCAGAACUGCUUUAAGAUUGUGCACAACGACCGAUCGCUGAUCGUACAGACGACAAACUGCGUGGAGGAGCGGGAGUGGUUCGACCUGCUGCACAAGAUCUGUCUGAUGAAUUCAAUUCGUAUGCAGUACUUCCAUCCCUCGGCCUUUGUCAGUGGCUUCUACAGCUGCUGUGGGCGCUCCGACGAGAACUCGCCCGGCUGCAAGAACGUCUCGGACAAGGAGAUGGACUACUUCCAGAUGGACCUGGUAACGGCUUUGGAUCCACCGCUCGACCUGCAGCGCAUCCACACGCUGAUCAUGUCCUACAUGAGUGUGCUGGAGUCUCUGCUGGAUCCGCUCGCCUACCACCAACACCUGUCGGCGGCGCAGCACCAGCAGCACAAUCCCCUGGUGCCGCUGGCCACCGAACUGCAGAAGCACUCGCCGCAAGCCUUCGCCGAGUUCAAGCGCACCAUCGAGAAGCUGCGGGAGAAGGCGUACGCCAUUGAUCGGGACCAUCGGGACUACAAGCAGGGCAUCACGCGCCAGCUUAAGUAUGGCAGCAGGGAGGCGCCCAUCGGCGAUGACAACUACUGGCACAUGAUGCGUGCCGCCGGCCAGCUGAAUCAGCAGCAUCACCAGCAGCAGCAACACCAACAGCAGCAGCAACAGCAGCUGCAACUGCAGCAGCAGCAGCAGUUCCAGCACCAGCCAGCGCUCCCCCAGAUGCAGAAUGUUCGGGCCUCGCCCUAUCAGCCGGCUACGAGUAACAUGAACGCAUACUACCUGCACAAUUUGCAGCAUCAGCAGCAGCGGUUCCAGCAUCAACACCAGCAGCACCAACAGCAGCAGCAGCAACUUCAGCCGCUGCUCCAGCAGCAGCAACCGUCGCAGUACCAGCCACUUCGUAGCCAUCAGCUGCAGCGCCACAAUAACAGCAUUAAUAACAACAACAACUGCGGCAAUGCCUCGUCCUCAAGUCCAUCUUCGACGGCGUCGAGCGUGGUGGCGGCACCUCCGAGCACCACAUCAUCGUCGCAGCCAGCGCAGCCGAUUUAUUAGCGUUCAAGGCUCUGCGUAUUCGCCUUGCCGCGGGCGAUCGUCACGAUCAGGUGAAGGAAUACGCACCACAAAUGGUAGCUUGGCAGCUUGGAGAGAGAGCGAGCAAGGGAAGGGCGCCCCGCACCAGAAGAUGCUGCUGUACAAAAGAAUUUUAUGUGCUAAUUUCUAGGAUCCUUUUUUUUUUCUUUGUAUAAUUUUUUACGAGUUUAACGUUGUAAAGAAAAGACUAGAGUUAAGUUUUUUAAUUAACCGAUUUUUAUACACUACUAUUUUUACCGGGGACCGCAGACACCAGCAACAGCGACAGAAAAAAAAACAAACAAGAAAGCGAAAUCUAAAUAUUUAUAAGCCUAUUUAUUUUUUGUAUGUGCUAAAACACAUUAUUUAUACACACAAACACACACGAAAUGGAGCAUUUCUGCUCCCGAAAAAGGAGCGGAGAACCACUGCAAACUGAUAACUACAUAAGGCCUAAACUACUACUGAGAGCUCCAAAAUUUGCUAAGAUUUUUAAAGCCUAGCAAAGUGGAGCAAGCGUAUGUGUAAAUCUAAAUAUAUAUCUCUCUAUACAUGUACACGUGUAACUAGCAACUACAUUAUAUACCAGUUAUCUUAGGCGUAGCAGAAAUUUCUAAAGAACUAACUAAGCUAAGGACUAACAAAAGCAAAUAAUUCUAGCAAGGAGAAAAGCUAAGUGUAGGAGACGUACAUCUACGUGUAUAUUUUCCACUUUAUAUAACUGUCAUACAGCUAAUGUUAAACACACACACAACAAACAAUAUGUAUUCGGCAAAUUGUAGAAUACAAAGAAAAAGCAUUGUUAAGGAUAAAAUUACUUCCAUUACUUCCACCACACCCACCCACAUACACAUUUAUAUAUUUAUUAAAUGCAUUUAAUUUCAUGUUAAAUUUAAAGAACAAAACAAGUAAAUUGUUAAAGCGAUAACGUUUUGGUUAGCUUAAACACUACUUCCACCGAUUUGUUUCCAAAGCUCUUCCAAUAUUAAUUACACGUUUGUAGAUUUUAUGUUAAAUAAUCUUAUUUUUGCCAUAAUUAGUUCAUUGCUCGUUCAUCGUUCAUCGCAUUGAAAACGAAGUGUCUUCCUCCGCCGCGUUUAUUCUUAUUGCCUUUUGUUUAUGCAUUCCAAUUAUUUGUGCAUUUCUUAACUCUUAUAUCUGCAUAAUGUACAUAGAGAUACGAAGAGGGAGAAGCGUACUUGAUGUUGCUAUGAAUUUAAUUUGUUUGCAGUUUACCAAUUCGAUUCAUUUACAAUUUCAGUUGCAUUUUAAGCGCCUAGUUUAAGUUUAACCUUAUUUACCUAGCCUCGUAAGUUGUUGGUACAAAGAAUCGAAAAUAUAUACACAUUUGGAUAUAUUUUCUAGCGAAAAAAUAAAGCGUAUCGCCAAUGGA